GGUAUUGCGGGCAUGCGCAGUGGGCCUCCCAGCGCCGCCACCCAUCAGCUGAGAAUCGUAGCUGGGGGCUCCGGGGCCCUUGGGUGCCCAGGGCCAAAGAAGAAGGAAGGCGAGGAGGUCGGGAUAUCACUAUUCGCACAGUAAGAGAGAAGAGGAGUCAGCUCUUCAGCAAUGGUACCUUGAUCCACUCAUGUAGUCAUCCCAAGCCUGUUUCCUCAUCCUCCUUGUGGGUUUAGCAAAACUUCAUACAGGGUCUGCAGAAAGGUGACUGCUUAGAAAACUGCACAGCCCACCAACUGCUGAUGAAAUUAGCGAGCAAGCCAAUCAAUCAUGUCUUACACUGCGGGAAUUGGUGGUGACCCUGCCCAGCUGGCCCAGCGUAUCUCUUCCAACAUCCAGAAGAUCACACAAUGUUCUGCGGAAAUACAGAGGACUCUGAAUCAGCUUGGAACACCUCAAGAUUCACCUGAAUUGAGGCAACAGCUGCAACAGAAGCAGCAGUAUACGAACCAACUUGCCAAAGAAACAGACAAGUACAUUAAAGAGUUUGGAUCUCUGCCCACCACCCCCAGUGACCAGCGUCAAAGGAAAAUACAGAAGGAUCGCUUAGUGGCUGAAUUCACAACAUCACUGACAAACUUUCAGAAGGUGCAGAGACAAGCUGCUGAGAGAGAGAAAGAAUUUGUUGCUCGAGUAAGAGCCAGUUCCAGAGUGUCUGGUGGUUUUCCUGAGGAGAGCGCAAAAGAAAGGAAUCUUGUGUCCUGGGAAAGCCAAACUCAGUCUCAAGUGCAGGUGCAGGAUGAAGAAAUUACAGAGGAUGACCUCCGCCUUAUACAGGAGAGAGAGUCUUCUAUUAGGCAACUCGAAGCUGAUAUUAUGGAUAUUAAUGAAAUAUUUAAAGAUUUGGGAAUGAUGAUUCAUGAGCAAGGAGAUGUAAUAGAUAGCAUAGAAGCCAACGUGGAAAAUGCCGAGGUGCAUGUCCAGCAAGCAAACCAGCAGCUGUCAAGGGCGGCAGACUAUCAGAAGUGCCCUUUGGUUUCAAUGCCAUUUUUUCCACUGGACAAAUCAGUUCAUAUUCAGUGCUAUGUCAAGAACAAUGAAGCCGUGCUCACCAACAGCGUAACUUGCGUUUACUGUUCUUUGUGCAUGAGAUUCAGGUGUGCAACUCAGCAGAGUUAAUGGUGAUGAUUGUAGGUAUCAUUCAUGACUAGUUGAACACACGCACACACAGUAAUCUGUCAAUGCCAACAGUUACAGCUGCUCAGUGUUUAACAGGAUUCAUCAGUGACUGGGAUUCCAUGGAAUUUCAUUUUACUUUUGGGUUUUAGGGGGAUGCACACAUAUCCCUAAGUUUUACUUUUCCUCUUCCUUAUGGAAAGGAAAGCCUGCAGCCACCUUGGGGAAAAGGAACACACGUCUUCCCAAGCUGUACUUCUAGAGCCAGAGCUGACCCCAUCCUUAAUCCCACGAGCCCUGGAGGGAUGAGGAAAGAGCCACGCAACACAAGGGCUGUUUCCCAGUAGUUCCACUUGGCAGCCUUGAUGUUACACUUAUGCCUCUGCAAAAUACAGUGCAGUGCUUCUAAAUAGUUUGGAUGAACCAUGAGCAUAAAGGAAGGCAGUAAAUGUUCUCAUCACCAGGACACUCCAGGGUCUUGCCACCCCACGCUGGAGAGGGUGCCCCAGGGUAAAAAGAUACUCUAGUGGAACAGCUGUCAUUGCUCUUGAAGGCAUGUUACACAUGGAUCUGCAGUAAUAGCCAGGUGGAGUCUGGGGAAAAACCAGGACAUGAUGAGAUUGAAACUUGAACCUAGAGACUGUCAUACAGAGUGAAGUAACUCAGAAAGAGAAAAACAAAUAUUGUAUACUAACGCAUAUGUGUGGAAUCUAGAAAAAUUGUAUAUAUAGAUGAGCCAGUUUGCAAGGCAGAAAUAGAGACAGAGAUGUAGAGAACAAACGUAUGGACACCAAGGGGGGAAGGUGGUGGGAGGGGGCAGGGGGGCGUGAAUUGGGAGAUUGGGGUUGACAUAUAUAUGCUACUUUGUAUAAAAUAGAUAACUAGUAAAAAAAUAAUAAAAAACAAAAAAUUGAACUAUGUUUAAUAUGAGGAGUAUUCUGUUGAAAAAUCAGAUGGCCUUGUGGUAUACUGGAACGUAUUAGAAGUUUUCAGGAUAAUUUCAGAAUCAGUAACAUAUCUUUUUUCUAAAUUUUAUGCUACUUCUAGUUGACACAAAGUAAAUUUACAAAUUUUUCUACUUUGUAAGAAAAAGGAUUCCUGCAUGUUGCUGUGAGAUACACAAGCCAUUAGAAAAAUAGAGAAAUCUACAGCGGGGCCAGGAACGAAGAAUGGAGCAAAACUCUUAACCUUUAGACUGUAAAUGACUGUAUUAGAAUUUUUUUAGCUCUUUGUUUUUUAUUUUUUAUUUGUAUGUUGAAAUUUUUAAUGCAAUUUCCACUCAUAUUCAGGGAUGGGAGUGAUUUGGAAAACUAACAAGUCUACUUUAGGAAACAUUGCCAAACAUUUACAUUUGCUGAUAUUGUCAGAGAACUCAUUUUGAAGAGCAAUUUUUUUAUAAAAGUUUAAAAUUUGAUGUUUUUAAGAUGUUUUUUGUUUUCAAACAUAGGUAAACUCUGUUGCUUAAGUUAGUGAUAUUUAUGUCUCUGUAUCUUUUUUUAAUUAAGCCUAACCACACACCUAGAAAAAGUACCAACAGCCGUUGAAUAAUUACCCCCUGAAUUACACCAUUAAUUCAAGAAGAAUAUUUUUCAAAAGCAUAAUGCUGUAUGUAUUGAAAAGCAUAUAGCCCCAAAUUUGAGGGCAAUAAAUUACUAUUGAUUUUACUCUAGAAAUGAACCAGAUGAUUUUCACGUGCUAUAGAGAUGUUCCACUGCAUCGGUAAACGUGUUUUUUGUCUUUGCAUCUGCAGCGCAAAUCCAGGAAAACCCUGUGCAUCAUCAUUUUUAUCCUUGUUAUCGGAGUUGUGAUUGUCGGUCUCAUCAUAUGGGGAGUGAAAGGCUAAGGUUGUAAAGGAGCACACUGUUGCACUACAUUAUGUAAAUUAUGUAGGAAGAGUCCUUUCAUUAUGGUGGGUUUUUUUUUUUUAUAUUAUUAUUAUUAUUUGAAACCUGUUGCCUAAAGGAUGUUUCCCAUACUUUGUUAUUUUCAUUUGGGGGGAAGUUUUCUUUGGAUUACAUCUGGUGUUUUCUAAUAUUGAAAGUUUUUCUAAACAUCACUGCUGGUGUAACUUUGAUGCUUUUCGAUCUAAUAAUCUGUUAAGUUUUUGCCCACAUUGUAUAUGCCAUUCACUUAUAAUUUAUUUAUCCUGUUGACUUAGUUUUUGGAAUGAGUAAAUUUACAGCUGUGUGUAUAUUCUGUGUACAUCUCUCUGUCACAGUGUACCAUGUACUCAACGUUUGUGUCACUUCAAUUACAAAUCUUUAAUUUUGAUUUGGGCCAGCAGAGGAGAUAUUGUCAAUAACUUUUAAAAUUAACAUGUAUGUUUGUCUUUGGUGUUUUGUUUUUUUCUGGUUCACAGCAGCACAAAUUGUCUAUUUAACUUUUACUGUUUUUCUCUUAAGACCCUUGCUUAUUCUGAAUGAAACCAGUGAAUAACUUCCUAUUAUAUCUCUUACUCCUAAUGUAUAUAUAGUAAACAUUUGCUGUAGAUUGCCUAGGAAAAUACUAAGGGUAGAUUGUUUUUAUAUAGAUUCUGAGUCUGACAUUUGUUUACAGGGGAUUGUGUGGUCACUAUAAAUGUUUAAUGUGAUUUGAAGGAAGAGUAUAAGAAAUCAGUACCUAUUGUGUUAGAAUUCUAAAGAUCCCAACUUGUUAUUCUGCUAUGUAUUUCCACAGCUGUUAUGAUGGAAAAUUACCUCCCCUUUUGUCCUAUAGAAUAAUGAUUACAUUUGUAUUCUUGGGUCAAGAUUGCUUUUGGGAAGUACCUUUCCCACAGUUACUGUCUUUGAACACCUAACCCUUAAAAUUCUGUUUCCCUUGCAUACCAUUUUGUACCAUCCUUCAUUAGAAAAGGAAUUGGAUGUUUGCCAAUUAACUCGCCUUUUUUUAAUCAAUGUUGUUUUAAUGCACUAAUCCUGAAUACUGUAAGAUUAUCUUAGGUUAUAGUUUGUAUUUUAUAAUAUUCUUACAUAGCGGUUUGAUAGUGCAGGCAAUGUUUUACAUGGCAAGCUAUGAGACCUCAGAUGGGAACAGAUAAACUAUUAAGUAACUAAGUAAAUUGUAUCUUUGCAACCAAAAUAAAGAUGAUUUUGAAAGUG